AUGGACCGACUGCUAAAUAAAUGUCGAAUCAGGAGUAGCCUUGCCAGAGAGUGUUUGGCAGAGUGCCUGGGGGUCUACAUCAUGAUUCUGUUUGGAUGUGGCUCCGUUGCCCAGGUAACGACAUCUGAAAACAGUAAAGGUCACUACCUGUCAAUCAAUCUGGGUUUCGCUCUGGGAACCACCUUUGGAGUCUAUGUUUCCCGUGGGGUGUCAGGUGCUCACCUGAACCCUGCAGUGUCUCUCAGCCUCUGCUUUCUGGGCAGGCAUCCUUGGACACGCCUGCCUUUCUACGUCUUCUUCCAGAUUCUGGGGGCCUUUAUGGCUGCUGCCACCGUAGCCCUGCAGUACUAUGAUGCUAUACAGUUAUACAGUGGUGGUCACCUGACUGUGAGCGGUCCCAAAGCCACAGCAGGCAUCUUCUCCACAUACCCUGCUGACUACCUGAGCCUGUGGGGGGGCAUCAUGGACCAGGUGGUGGGCACGGCUGCUCUCAUGGUGUGUAUCCUGGCUCUGGGGGACAGCAGGAACAGCCCGGCGCCUGCAGAUCUGCAGCCGGUGCUGGUGGGGGCUGUGGUGUUGGUGAUCGGAGUCUCCAUGGGCUCCAACAGCGGCUAUGCCCUUAACCCAGCCAGAGACAUUGGGCCUAGACUGUUCACAUACAUUGCUGGCUGGGGGGAUGAGGUGUUUAGGGCGGGACAUAGUUGGUGGUGGGUGCCUUUAGUGGCCACUUGUGCCGGCGCUCUGGUAGGCACACUGAUCUACGAGCUCCUCAUUGAGGUCCACCAUCCAGAGAAGGGGCUCAUCUCGGAGUCCUCAGAAGACCCAGAGUUA